AUGGGUGAUAAUCAUCAUAGCAUCAGAGUCUACUUAGCCUCUGCAAUCUUGCUUUUAGGGGUUAUUAAUAGCUCACCAUCCCAGAAGGAGGGAAUUGCAGCAGAAAAUCUUUCUAAUCAGAAGCUCACUUCACGAAUUCUUCAGCAUGAGAUUGUGAAGCAAGUCAAUGAGAAUCCAAACGCUGGAUGGACUGCUGCUUUCAAUCAUCGCUUUGCUAACUCCACCGUUGCCGAAUUUAAACGCCUCCUCGGUGUUAAACCAACACCUAAGCACGAAUUCGUAGGUGUACCUCUUGUCACCCAUGACAUCUCUCUCAAGCUUCCUAAUGAAUUUGACGCCAGAACCGCUUGGUCUCACUGCUCCAGUAUUGGAAGGAUCCUAGGUAUAAACUUCAUUAUCAUCGACAUUAUAUUAUUGACUCAAUGCGUUUUGAGAUGCAUAAAAACAUUUGGUCACUGCGGUUCUUGCUGGGCAUUUGGGGCGGUAGAGUCAUUGUCUGACAGAUUCUGCAUCAAAUAUAACAUGGUAACACCUAUACUUCCAUCUACCCAAGCCAAGCCAAAAAACAAACUGAUCAUCUUUCCCUUCAAAAGAUUCUUGUGUUCGUUCCCAUUGCAGAAUAUUUCUUUAUCAGUCAAUGAUCUCUUAGCAUGUUGUGGAUUCCUUUGCGGUCAAGGCUGUAAUGGUGGCUACCCUAUUUCCGCCUGGCGCUACUUUAAGCACCACGGUGUAGUCACCGAAGAGUGUGAUCCAUACUUUGACAAUACUGGAUGCUCUCACCCGGGAUGUGAACCCGCAUACCCUACACCAAAAUGUGUGAGGAAAUGUGUUAAUGGAAACCAGCUUUGGCGUGAAUCAAAACACUUUGGUGUUAGCGCCUACAAAGUCAGACAUGACCCUCAAGACAUUAUGGCUGAAGUUUACAAAAACGGACCUGUUGAGGUUGCUUUUACCGUUUACGAGGACUUUGCGCAUUACAAAUCUGGAGUCUACAAACACAUAACAGGUGCUAACAUAGGAGGCCAUGCUGUCAAGCUUAUUGGCUGGGGAACUUCUGCGGAUGGCGAAGAUUAUUGGUUGCUUGCAAAUCAAUGGAACCGAAGCUGGGGUGAUGAUGGUUACUUCAAGAUCAAGAGAGGGACGAACGAAUGUGGAAUUGAACACGGUGUUGUAGCCGGUUUGCCUUCAGACAAGAACGUCUUUAAAGGUAUAAAUACUUCAGAUGAUGAUGUUCUAGUUUCCUCGUUUUAAACGAAAGAAAACAACACAAGAUGUGUCUCUACUCUCUGUAAUGUGUAAUUUGCCACAGUGUUUGUUGUUUCCAGUGAAAUUAUGAAAAGAGUAAAUAAAAUCUCGCAGAAGUAUGUAUCCACAACAAGUAUGCAGUUUAGCUUGUGUUCAUGUUCAGUCUCUACUGCUUUGAUUCUGCUUUAUGUGU